AUGAAAUGGAUGCAAAUUAUGUGGUUCAGAAAGCAAGACAGCUGUGUCAGGAGGAUGAAGGCUUUCUUGUUUGUAUUUGUGGCCUUUGUGUUGUGUGAUUGUGCUAUUGCUAAAGAGUGCACAAACAUUCCUACACAAUCUCAUACAUUCAGGUAUGAGCUACUGACAUCCAAGAAUGCAACAUGGAGGGCAGAGGUGAUGUCUCACUACCAUUUGACGCCAACGGAUGAAACUGCUUGGGCUGAUUUACUGCCGAGGAAGUUCUUGACAGAACAAAACCAACAUGAUUGGGGGGUGAUGUAUAGGAAAAUUAAGAACAUGGGUGUGUUCAAGUCACCUGAAGGAUUUCUGAAAGAAGUGCCUCUUGAGGAUGUGAGGUUGCACAAGGAUUCAAUCCAUGGUAGAGCACAGCAGACAAACUUGGAGUAUCUGUUGAUGUUAGAUGUUGACAGGUUGAUUUGGAGCUUUAGGAAGACAGCUGGUCUAUCUACUCCUGGGACUCCUUAUGGAGGGUGGGAAGGUCCAGAAGUUGAACUUCGGGGUCAUUUUGUUGGUUAG